UAUCGGUGUGUACAAGCCAGCUUAUAAUACCAUUUUCAACAGCAUUCGCCGCCAGUUCGCUGUAACGACGAUCCAAAGCAACAACUUCCCGCGUAAUUGUAAGCGAUGUGCGAGCGAUCGGAAAAAGACUUGUUGGAUCCUUUGAUCAACAAAAUAGUAGCGAAUCUUGGCAAAGAUUUCGAUGACGUACGCUACGAGAUAUCCGUGCCAAAAGAUUCCUUCUUCAUCUCGAAUCUGUACUACCUCAACAUAAACUCGAAUGCCAAGGACACGGAUAAAAGGAGAACGGUGAACGUUGUCUUGAAGAAACCACCCGUUAUAUCCGACGUGCGUGACAUAAUGAGAAUGAACGAGCAAUUCCACAACGAGAUACUGUUCUACCAAAGAUACGCGAAACACCACGAAGAAUUUCCUCGAUGCGUGCUCGCCGAGGAGAAACCGCCGUCCGACUCGGCGAUCGUUCUCGAGAACGUGGUCGCCCAACGCGGAUACAAUAUCUGCAAAUGGAAAUACGACGUGCCUCUCGAAUACACGAUGGCCGCGUUUCGAGAGAUCGCGAGAUUCCACGCCAAAGCUUACAUGGCGAAGGAGAGGCGCCGUGAACAAUUCUUCGAUUUCGUGAACGAUCUCCAAGAGGUCAGGUAUUAUGAGGGAUCGAUCUUGAAAGUUGUUUACGACGGAACGGCGGGCAGAUCGGUGGAAUAUCUUCGCGGGAGGGGAUACGAUCCGCGAUUCUGUGACAAACUCGAGGAUAAAUUGAGGAGCACGUACGAUAAUCUGAUUAUGAAAUACGUCGAAGCCGAGGAACCUCUCGCCACGCUUUGCCACGGUGACUUCACUAUGAACAAUACGUUGUUCAAGAACGAAAACGGCGAAAUUAAAUGUAUGUUCAUCGAUUUCGCAUUGACUAGGUACGGAUCGCCGGUCUUGGAUUUGUCCACGUUUCUCUGCCUCCAUUGUGCGAGGGAGGUGGAUAAGAGUAUGCUUGAUAAAGUUUUGAAGGUGUAUCACGAUUCCUUGACUCGUUGUCUCGAGGAAAACGGCAUGGACAGUGAGAAAUAUUCGUACGAGGCUUUGCGAGAGGAUUACAAGAGGAAGGGUCUGUUUGGAUUUUUCAUCGCCACGUUUUUCUUGCCCACAGUGAUGGGUCUGAGUGACGGUGGUCCGGAAAAAUUGUUCGAGAUGGAUAUACAGGAUUGGGGUCCGGCAUUGCGUGAACAAGGUGGUGACGAAUGUUCGGAAAUUAUGGCGAAUAUGUUGUUGAGAUUGAAAGAAUUUGGAUGUUUGGACCAUUUGCUUGACGAUUGAUUUUUAACGCUCCUUUGUUGAUUUUUCAAGUAUGUUAUUGUUUUUUUCCUUUAAAGUAUUUUAUACAUUUUCUUUUAAAGUUCUUUUUAAUCUCAAUAUUUUCCAAGUAUUUUAAAUUAAUGAUAAUAAAUAAAAAGAAGAACUUGCGUUUUAUUAUUUGAAAAUGAAAAUGCGAAAUUUUAAAAUGAUAAUGAAAAGAGAAACGUGGUAGUAAAUCAAAAAAAUCGAUACAAAUAAACAAAUCUUUAUACGUA